AUGAAACUGGCAGACCAGUUGAACACACUUCCAACCUACGUCCGCAAGCAGUUUUCUCGCCGUGAAUUUGCUUUCAGCUCGAGAUUUACUUCAUACAGCAGCGGCUACGGUUUAAGAGAGGGUCGGUACAAGCCAAUUUCACUCUCUUAAAUCCGGCUUUCUGUUAUAUCGUGUUGGCUACGGUAUAAGAGAGAAUUCUCUUAAACAGUAUCUCACUAUAAGAGAAUAUUCUCUUGUAUCGUAGACAAAACUAAAGGUCGUGAAACAGGGACUCUCGCGCACUGACUACACUCGAAUGCCAAAAUAGGUCAUGAAGAGAGCGUAUCAU